GUCUCUGGGAUGGCCGGCUGGUUCACAGCAGCAGUCUUCGUCUCAGCAGUCCCAACCUCAGCCUCAGUUUUUACCUCAAUCUCAAUCUCAAAAACAUGAAUUACGAAGUUUUGCUGAAUCAACUAAUACUACUGCUUCUUCCGUUGCUACGACUGCUACUAUGAGCUCGCGGUCUUCUGAGACCCCUCGAGCGAUAUCACCGCCGACUAAUCAGCUAUCCCAACUAUCCAUCCAGGAGACACCGCAGUCCUCUCACACCGUUACCCAGUCGUCUGUACCUAAUGACACCCAGUUCUCCCAGCAACCACCCCCUGUUACUCAGGACACUCAGUAUACUCACUACACGUAUGAGGAAGCCACAUCCUCGUUACGGCAAUAUAAACGUAGUCGGUCAUCUCAGUCCUCUCGUCAUCGACGGAAACCCCCUGCGUCUUCACUUGAAAAAGUCAACUAUGAACCACCAGCUCCAGACCUAAUCUCGGACCCAGUCCCACCCCCUGCCUCGGUUCCAAUAGCAGCACCAGCCACCGUCCCUAUUUCUGUCUCAGUCUCAGUCCCUGCCUCAAACCCAAUCUCAGCCUCGGCAGAGCCAUACUAUUACAUGACCUCCCCCUUUCCUGUACCUCCCCCCGCACAGCGACGCGGGCGGCUUUUCCGUACACGCUCCGGGAAUCUGGUAACUGCCGUCGAAAUCCGGCGACGUAGAGAGCUAGAGCGACACGCCGAGGAGUUACUACAGAUGACCCUUGAGGGUUUUGGUGACGAGCUCUCUCAUACGAUCACCUUCAAUCUGGACGACACCGGCCGCUGGCGCAUCGCAAGGCAGGACCAGCCGGAGGUGGAAGUAUAUGAAAAUGCGUAGCUUAUGACCUAAUUCGAGUACAUUUCUCCCUCUGGUAUGUGGGCUUCGGAUAGAAAUCCUCAGAUAGGAAUUUCAUAAGAAGGAAAAAAGGAAAUAGUGUGUAUGUUCGAGCACCCACUUACUAUCGUGAUGAUGAUGAUUUGAAAAUAUACGUAGAAAAGGCUUGCCGUUUCAUCUUUUAGCCCCGACAUUCCCCUAUAUUUGAUCCUGAACACAUAUCUAGGCGUUAGUAUGGCUAUCUGCGUAAUGAAACAUACUGGGUUUAAGUUUGUCUUAUUAGAGAGAAACCCCCUUCAAAAAAAAAAGAGAACCUGUUGCUGUAAAGCCGUUAUUAUAAAGUAUACACGAGGCUCUGCUCUAUAUAUUGGAUACUAGUGGCCAGGCUGUUCGAAAUUAAGGCCCAGUCGCUAUUUCCAAGAUGAGGCUUUAGUAAUGAAUAGGAGCAUAUGCUUAUUAUGCGAUAGUUGCAAUUCCCCGAGGGUCGUGGCUAUAUAUCACUACGAUUAUAAGAGGUAGGUAGCAAUCUCAUUAUAAUAGUUAUAACUAGCUGUCAAACAAGCUUAAUAGUUCUCUAGUCGAAAAAGGAUUAGGUAUAUUAGGUCGGUUCAGGA